CGGAAGCAGACCAGGCCACAGCGCUGCGGGGCAGCGGCCGGACCGGGAGCGGCACCGACUAUGCCGGUCACCGGGAAGACUUUCCGCCGGCGCCGGGCCGACUCGGAGUCGGAGGAAGAUGAACAGGACUCAAAAGAGGUUCGAUUAAAACUAGAAGAAACCCGAGAGGUGCAGAAUAUGAGGAAGAGGCCCAACGGAGUGAGUGCCGUGGCCUUGCUGGUGGGAGAGAAGGUGCAAGAAGAGGCCACUCUAGCGGAUGAUCCCUUUCAGAUGAAGACAGGCGGCAUGGUGGACAUGAAGAAACUGAAGGAGAGGGGCAAAGAUAAGAUCAGCGAAGAGGAAGACCUCCACCUGGGGACGUCCUUUUCGGCGGAAACCAACAGAAGGGACGAGGAUGCUGACAUGAUGAAGUACAUUGAAACGGAGCUGAAGAAGAGGAAAGGGAUCGUGGAACACGAAGAACAGAAGGUGAAGCCCAAGAACGCAGAGGACUGCCUUUACGAACUCCCAGAAAGCAUCCGUGUCUCCUCGGCGAAGAAGACAGAGGAGAUGCUUUCCAACCAGAUGCUGAGCGGCAUCCCUGAGGUGGACCUGGGCAUCGAUGCUAAAAUUAAAAACAUCAUUUCCACGGAGGACGCCAAGGCCCGGCUGCUGGCAGAGCAGCAGAACAAGAAGAAAGACAGUGAGACGUCCUUCGUGCCCACCAACAUGGCAGUGAACUACGUGCAGCACAACCGAUUUUAUCAUGAGGAGCUCAAUGCCCCAAUACGGAGAAACAAAGAGGAGCCCAAAGCCCGCCCGUUGAGAGUGGGUGACACAGAGAAGCCAGAGCCUGACCGGUCCCCCCCGAACCGCAAGCGUCCCGCUAAUGAGAAGGCCACCGAUGACUAUCAUUAUGAGAAGUUCAAGAAGAUGAACAGGCGGUACUGAGGGAGGCCAAAGGGGGGAGGUGCAGAAUGGAUGUAAAUAGCACAGGCUGUCAUCCUCGGGGGGCUGGCCUGCUGGACAGAGACCUGGCCGUCGGCUCGCAGGCUCACAGGCAGUUCCAAGAACAGGCUGUUGGUCCCGCUGCUCACCUGCUUGGUUCUUUGAACUUUGACUUUGUAACCUUUUAAAACGAAACAAUAUGCAAGUUUUUUUUUUUUAUUUGGGGGCAAAACAUUCUUGUGAGCUUCAUUAAAUCUUGUAUGUAAAUAUGUUGCCUUUUUUGUAACAUUUGCCUCAGGAGGAAACAGCCAUGUGUUGAGCGUAAUACCCCUUAACAGCCAUGUGUUGACAUAAUACCCUUUAAAUUGUGCUCUUGUUGUCAUGUGUGUCAUUGUAUCUGCGACUUCCAAUUAUCUUGCGUGGGGUUGAGAAACGCAGCCUUCGCUGUUUCCAGUGGAUCCAGUGGACAGCAGAAACAUCUGGGAUGGGACUGAAGGGACGGGUAUUUUCUGACUUUUACAGAGUUGCCUGUUUCUUUUCAUUAAGAAGGGAAAAUCACAUGUCUCUAUCACUUCCUCACUUCGGU